AUGUCCAACAAAUUAACUCAAGAAUUGAAUUUGCCAGUUAUUCUUAGAGAACUGUUGAUGUUGCAUACGUUUCCUGCGCGUAAUUCACUUAAAUAUUAUCUUCCUAAAUUAGAAGUAACUUUACACUUAUGUGACGGUACUCAAACAAAGUUAGGGCUAAAGGUUAUGGACGAAAUGACCUCAGAAUUAAACAUCUGUUUUAAGAAUAAAGAUGGUGCUUUAGCCGCAAAUCAGUUUGUUAAACCAGGUGUUCUUAUAGGUGUUGAUUAUUACUGGGAAUUGAUUGAUUUGAAUUUAGACAAAACGUCUGAAGGAUUGUACGUCGUACCAACCAAGUUGGAGAAGGCAAUAACGGGCAAAAUUGAGGAGUGUGAUGCAGUCCACACCACUAAUAUGGUUGCUUGUUACGAUGUUCCAGACGCGGUUGAAUCCUUUUGGAAUUUAAAGACUUUAGGAAUUACAGAUCCCCCGAAUACAGUGGACGACGAUGAGGCUUUAAAACAAUUUCAUCAAACUCUUGAGUUUAGAGAUAAUAGGUAUAUUGUUAGUUGGCCUUACAGAAAUUUCACUGGACCUGUGUCCGACAAUUAUUUUUUAUGUUAUUCGCGUCUAAAAAGUGUACUUAAUUGA